AGCCUGCACCCAAGCGGCCACGCACUGCUCGCGAGGCCGGAAACCAGCUAACUCUGUCGCUCCCGGGGCUCCUUCCCAGCAGGGACACGAGGCGGCCGGAGGGUUAACCACGGGGACAGCCACUGCCUGGAGCACAGAAUCAGCUGGAGAAAGAACACAUCUCCCUACACCAUGGCAGGGAAGAAGGUGCUGAUCGUGUACGCCCACCAGGAGCCCAAGUCUUUCAACGGGUCCCUGAAGAGAGUGGCCGUGGAGGAGCUGAGCAAGCAGGGCUGCACGGUCACUGUGUCCGACCUCUACGCCAUGGACUUCGAGCCCCGGGCCACGAGGAAAGACAUCACCGGGGCCGUCUCUAACCCCGAGGUCUUCAGUUAUGCAGUGGAAGUCUACGAGGCUUACAAGCAGAGGUCUCUGAGCAGUGACAUCAUUGAGGAGCAGAAGAAGGUCCAGGAGGCAGACCUGGUGAUAUUCCAGUUCCCACUGUACUGGUUCAGUGUGCCAGCCAUCCUGAAGGGCUGGAUGGACAGGGUGCUGUGCCAGGGGUUUGCCUUCGACUUCCCAGAAAUCUACGAUUCUGGUCUUCUCAAGGGUAAAUUAGCCCUUCUCUCCCUGACCACGGGCAGCACAGCCGAGAUGUACUCGAAAGCCGGGAUCAGCGGUGAUUUCCGGUACUUCUUGUGGCCCCUGCAGCACGGCACGUUGCACUUCUGUGGAUUUCAAGUCCUCAACCCUCAGAUCAGCUUCGCUCCCGAGUUCGUGUCUGAAGCGGAAAGGAAAGCCAUGGUGACGUCCUGGGCCCAGCGGCUGCAGAACAUCUGGCAGGAGGAGCCCAUCCAGUGCACGUCCCCCUGGUACUUCGGACAGUGACCCCUGCUGGCCAGCGUGCGCACCACCCCAGCCUGACCUACCAGCUCAAGCACCAACUGCUUGGACUGAACUGUGCCCUGACCAAUCAGCUGUUCCUCUCUACAGCCUGUCUCCCGGUGAUGCUAGUCUUCAGAUGGAUCUGCACGUGUGGAGCUGCACUUGUUUUCUUUGGUUUCAUGACUCAGUUUGAGAGUUUCUGCCUCCCCCCCCCCCCCCCCCCCCCCCCGCCCCAGGAAAGUGUCAUUGAUUCAGAACCAUUUUUAAGCCAACACAGAAUGAUGUGUGUGCCUGGGGUAUAGUGGGAUGUGUGGAUACAUGUAUACCCUGUGUCAGGGGUCAAGGCAGGAGAAUUAGCUGUGGACCCCUCUUUGUGAUGACAGUGUGGCUCUCAGCCACGUGGAACUAGCCAGUCAGUACCGUGAGCUGCCCCGGCUCCUUUGCUGGAGAACACCCUGCCAGGUGUUUCAGCGUUAUAGUGGGUUUACAUCUUAUUUUUAUUCCCACCUGUGGCAUAACUGUGAGGUUCCCAGCGAAGGUGCACUUGCCGCCGCCGCGUGCCCACCGUGACGGCUCUCUGAGGGCGGAGUCGAGGUUGUCCUGCCGCCCUGUGCGUGAUUGUGCAGCACUUCUCAGGCUCCCUGAGGCACCAGCACUUAGCAGCCAGUCAUCCCCAGGCUCCUCCCUGCAUUG